AUGCAUCUCAGAAACACUGUCGCCCUCUUUGCGGCUUCGGCGGCUGCUACACACCCCAGACUCAGCAGGCGAGAUGUGAGCUGGGGUCCCAUCAUCGGCUUCCAAGCGACUACUUCCGAGAUCAUCUCGACAACAUCGACGAUGUACCCCGGCAAGAUGCCCUCCAACCAGAAGGGAUACAUGUUCACUUGGAUCGGUGUUGGCGGUGAGGGAGACGGCAAGGAUCUCAUCCAGUCCAUCGUCGGCUCAUACCCGGCCGGACAAAGCGAGUGCACCGGAGCGAACGCCGACUCCACGUGGUGUGUCUCAAGCGAGGUCUACGGCCUGGACUCGUCCGGCGCUACGAUGCAGUUUGUCGGAGAGAAGACCACGGCUGACGCCAACUACGAGAACGGCAUCAUUUUCGACUACAAACUCAAGGACACGUCGUCGUACUCAUGGACGCAGACCAUGACCGAUGCCGUCACAGGCGACGUGCUGUCGACCUACACCAAGGUUUCCAAGCAGAAGUCGACCCUCUGGAACACUGCCAUCGAGCUGCAGGACAGCAACGGCGUAGCUGCCAGCGGCACUACUGAGCCCCAGUACUACGUGAACACCACCAUUGUUUUGGCCGAGGCGGAUGCGAACUUCGGCUCAACCAUCUACGGCGAGUCUGGCGGAAGCUACACGACCCCAAAGACGACUGAUGGUGGCAAGACUUGGACCAUUGAGAAGAUCACUGUUCCGGCUAUGAGCUCUUGA